AUGGCCCGUUCCAUGGUUCUGCUCGACCGCGAGAUUGAUUUCACCCCCCACGAUGAGGCGCUAUCCGGCCGACAGUUCCGGUGGGGAUUCUGGGAAGGAAGAGGACUACAAACCCGCGAAGCCAGGAGUGAUGAAGUCAUCAAGUACCUGCGGACCUUCAAGGCGCGCGCAGUCGUCGACAAUCCGCCGGAGCUCUCCUUCCUCCACAUACUGGUGCCGCCGCAAUCCCUCCCGCUCCCGCCUCCAUUCAUGGACCUGGACUCGGGCCGCAUCUCCAGCACGGACAAGAACCUGGUCGCCCUUUACGCCGGCGGGUACCGCCCUGGCUCUAGUUUGUCGGGAGGCUAUCUCAUCUACGACGCCAGGAAGGACUCCCUCUCCGUCAUCCCCCGUCUCCCCUCCGACGACUUGCAUGGAGUCAUGGGGCACCAGUCGGCCGUCGUCAUGUGCGACGCCCAAGGGGAGGGCUACGUUCUUGCCGAGCUCAUCAAGAAAGGAUUCUCCCAGGCCGGGGUCUGGCUGUGGAAGUCGUCCGCCCCACAACCAGAAUGGGUCUCGUUACCCGGGAGCCAUCCCCUUCCAUCCAGCAGAUUCACCGUUGACUUGUGCUUCUCUUACCGGGGCUCUACCCUUUGCUGGGUGGAUCUGCUCAAAGGCAUGUUCCUCUGUGAUCUCAACCAAGACUGCGACAACAAGUUCAGCUUUAUCAAGCUGCCACUAGACUGUCCAGCCCUGGAUUGCAACUUAGAGGAGUCCAGCUUUAUCAACAAGUUCUGCACCCGCCCAGAGGAGUUCCGUUCCAUGGCCUGUGUUUGUGACCACAUCAAGCUUGUCUCCUUGGAUGAAUCUGGAUUGGAACUCUCGGUCUGGACUCUGUUGACUGAUCACUCAGACUGGAUCGAAACCUCCAAGUACAAUGUUGAUAAAAUCUGGGCAAACGUCAACUAUCAGUCUACUGUUUUGAGACAGCUUAUUCCGUCUCUUCCUGUCCUGAGCAUCCAUGAAGACGGGGUUGUCUACUUGGUCGUGAAUGAUGAAAGCAUCGUGGACCAUCGACUAGAUCAUAAAGGCCAGUAUUUGCUUCGUGUUGACAUGAAGAGUAACGAGAUCCAGAUCUCUCCACAGCCUACAAGGCGUAUUUGUUACCAACUCUUUGCCAGCGAGUUCAGUGCGUACCGACAGCAUUUACAGGAUUGA